AUGCGAUUUUAUCCUCUUUUGCUAUUCUUCUUCUCUCAUCAUCAAUUUACUUCUAUCACCAUUGUUUCUUCCGUUCAUGAUUAUGACUAUUUUAAUCAAAAGAAUUCUUCAAUUAAGAUUGACCUUUAUCAAUGUGAUACUCACAAUGAAAAAUUUACAACAAUUGCAAAUACUAUUGAUACAAUAGGAAAUAAUUUAACGAAUUCUUGUAACGUCAGUUGUUGUGUAUCGAAUAGAAUAAAUGAAACAAACUCUUCAAAUACCUGCCAAGUAACGGUUCAAUCUCUUACAGGUCUUUGUCUUAGUCGUCUCUGCUAUUCGAAUGAUUGUUAUCAUUACUCAUCAUUGCUCAACAAUACUUAUAAUAACAAAACUGAGAAUAAAACAACAAUUAUAGAUCAAAUUCGUUCUUUAUUUUCUUACAUUCGUUGGUCUGCACUUAUCGAUGAGGCCCAAACAAAAUGGUCUACAUGGAUAAAGAGUACUGGUUUAACGAUACGUGAUACGAUUUUAGUUAUCUUAUCCAUCGUAAAUGUAACUUUAACACUUACGGCAAUAAUUGUAGUCAUGAACUCAAUUCGACAAGCAAAAUUAAUAGACAGUAGAAAAUCAUAUCGUUAUACACUACUAUGA